AUGAGAUCAAAAUAUGUUGGCUGCCAAAACUUCUACUGUUUUUACUUCAGUACAUCGCUUGCCGCUCAUUUGCGUUCGCUUGGGGACUAUGACACACAAUCACAACUGCUUGAAUUCCUUCUUCACGUCAUUCCGGCGGCGAGGCGGAGGGACUUUGUUGAGGAGUAUCUUCAUCAGGGUCUCUCUGAUCUUUUCUGCUCAAUCAUCGGUCAGCAGUUUGAAUCAGCUGCUCGCCGUUUUUUGAACGCAUUAAAUCCGGUGGAUCCGGUCACACAAACCGUCUUCUCAAUUCCCUGCAUUGGCGUUCGCAUAUGCGGUCACGAGCUUAACUGUCAGCCAGCUGCGUUGAAUUCGAAUGAUGAACCUUUCUGGGUUGAUUUCAAUCUGGUGCCAGAGCGUAUAACCACCUACUGCGUGCUGUCAUUGCGAUCUGAUUCAGUUUGCGAUAGCGAGGAGGGUGAGCAGACCUGGGAAACCAUUUCAAUUCAUCCGGAUGUCAUUGAGGAGGUUAACGUUAGU